AUGGCGAACGUGAGCAUCUCGAAGCCGGCCAAGCGCCUGACGGGAAAGAGCAGCUUCAGGUUCGGCUUGCCGCUGUUCUGUGGCCGGUCUGACGUGGCGAGCCCCGGUGCUGCCGUCGCUCGGUCGUCCUCGAGCAGGAGGUCGUCCGGCACCGGCAGCAGCAGGAAGUCGGAGCUGCGCAGGAUCUUCCAGCACUUCGAUAGGGACAACGACGGGAAGAUCUCCGGCGCUGAGCUGAGCGCCUUCUUCGCGUCCAUGGGCGACGACCUGACGGUGCCGUCCUCGUCGUCGGAAGGCGGGUACCUGCUCGACUUCGCCGGAUUCGUGGCGCUGAUGGAGAGGGGGGAGGGCAGCCAGGAGGAGGACCUGAGGAGGGCGUUCGAGGUGUUCAACGCCGUGGACCAGCCCGCCGGGAGGAUCACGGCCAGGGGGCUGCGGCGGGUGCUCGCCCAGCUCGGCGACGACCGGUCCGUCACCGACUGCGAGGCCAUGAUACGGGCCUACGACGUCGACGGCGACGGCGGCCUCGACUUCCAUGAGUUCCAGAGGAUGAUGAGCUAG